AUGUAUAAAAAAUAUUUGAAUAACAAAUCUAACCCAAAAAAUAAUUACACUUUAAAUGAGCGUUAUCGACAAUUAGAAAAUGUUUAUACAGGAAAGCAAUUGGCACCUUCUUUUUUCUUUCAUUUUGUUAAUAUUUUGUGUACUAGUGUUGUACUCGUAACAAUAACUUAUUUUAACAUAACAAAUGAAAUUAUGGACAAUAUUAUUAGUUUUGCUUAUGUAAUACUUGCAACCUGUAAACUUGGCAUUGAAAUAACUGUAGUCACGUGAGUCAACAUUUAUUG